CGGCCGCGCUCCGCGUCCCCAGGCCGUGCAGGAGGCCCAGCCCGGCGGCGGGCAGCAGCGAGGCCGGGCCCCCAGCCCAGCAGAGCCGGGAGCGCGACCCGGCCGCAGACGCAAGGCCGACGGCGACGCGCGGCACGCGCGAACCGGGAAGUGGCGGCGGACUGCCUCCUCUCGCUUCCGGUCGCCGCCCGCGCGCGCCCGGCCGGGAACGCGGACGACGCGCCGCGGUGGACAGCUUCCAACGCUCCGCGCCUGCGACGCCAGUCCCGGGGGCACGUGCCUCGGCUUCAAUCUGGGAAUACUUUGAGUGAAACGUACUUAAAAUCUUAGACCAUACCCGGAAGAGAGCCCAGUCAACAAUAAGGUGGAAGAGAAUGAUGUUGUCCUUAAACAAUCUACAGAAUGUCAUCUAUAACCCGGUAAUCCCCUAUGUCGGGACCAUUUCUGAGCAGUUGGAGCCGGGAACUUUGAUUGUGCUACGUGGGCAUGUUCCUAGUGACUCUGACAGGUUCCAGGUGGACCUGCAGUGUGGCAGCAGCGUGAAACCCCGAGCAGAUGUGGCCUUCCAUUUCAAUCCACGCUUCAAAAGGGCCAACUGCAUUGUCUGCAACACUCUGAGAAAUGAGAAGUGGGGCUGGGAGGAGAUCACCUACGACACGCCUUUCAAGAAAGAGAAGUCGUUCGAGAUCGUGAUCAUGGUGCUGAAAGAGAAGUUCCAGGUGGCUGUCAAUGGAAAGCAUACCUUGCUGUAUGCCCACAGGAUCAGCCCAGAGAGGAUCGACACGCUGGGCAUUUACGGCAAAGUCAUCGUUCACUCUGUGGGCUUCAGCUUCAGCUCGGAUUUAGGAAGUACCCAAGGAUCUACUCUGGAACAGACAGGGAUAAGUAAAGAAAAUGUACAAAAGUCUGGCGGGUCACAGCUUCCUAGUAAUAGAGGAGACAUUUCUAAAAUCGUCCCCAGAACUGUCUACACCAAGAGCAAAGGUUCGCCGCCAAAUCACACUUUGACUUGCGCCAAAAUACUACCUACCAACUGUUUGUCAAAGACUCUGCCGUUCGUAGCAAGGUUGAACUCCUCCAUGGGCCCUGGACGGACCGUCGUCAUAAAAGGAGAAGUAAAUACAAACGCCAAAGGCUUUAAUGUUGACCUGCUAUCAGGAAAAUCCAAGGAUAUUGCUCUCCACUUGAACCCACGCCUGAAUAUGAAAGCAUUUGUAAGAAAUUCUUUUCUUCAGGAGGCCUGGGGAGAAGAAGAGAGGAAUAUCACCUGUUUCCCUUUUAGUCCUGGGAUGUACUUUGAGAUGAUAAUUUACUGUGACGUGAGAGAAUUCAAAGUCGCGGUAAACGGUGUCCACAGCCUGGAGUACAAGCACAGGUUUAAGGAGCUGAGUAAAAUUGACACGCUGGAGAUCGACGGUGACAUCCACCUACUGGAAGUGCGGAGCUGGUAGCUGUCACGAGCGCUGCAAAUGCUGAAAUACAGUAUGACCCCUGUAACACUGGCCUUGGUAAAGCGCCUCUAUCACGACAUGCUUUAUAUACAUUGUUAGAGUCCUUAAGUCCCGCUGGGUGUCCUCAGUCGGUGCUGCGCGACCUGCCGAGCCCAGAGUGAGAAGACUGAUGCGAUGGUAGUCACAGCCGUUACUAUAACAGGCUUUCCUGCUCUCUCCUCUGCACCUUGACUGCCUCUUUUAAACCCACUGCAACAGAGAAAGCCAGCCUGCACUGAGCGUUUCUCUUUUCCACGUGUGGUGGGAGCCAGGGGUACACAGUGGGGUGCGUACAUUCCCUGUUCUGCCAAGCUCUGGGCCACUGUCGCUCCUUCACACACUAGACUCACCAGGGACUUACGACACAAAUUCGUAGGUGACACUUCCUCCAGUGCUGGCUCAGGGUUUGAUUGUAUCCCAUAAUUGGGAGGACUGAUGUUGAUUUAUGUCUGGAGAUUUUCUUUAGCAUGGUAAAUACUUAGCUCUGCUAGCUGUAAGCAUUACCAAAUGAUUAACACUAUGAACUCUAAACGCAGCAGAAUGAUAAAGGCAAAAAGCAAAGCAAAACUGAACCAAAUGCUGUUGAAAUUAACUUGACGUCAGCCUCAAGGCCAUUGAUUUCUGUACCAGUAAAUGCAUAUUUUAGAAUAUUGGAGUUUCGAGUGAGCCAGAGGUCUCCUAUGCACAUACUCUAUAGAGAGUGUAAGGUAGACAAGAGAUGGUCUCAAUUUGUAAAAUGUCUGUGGGUAACAAAGCAGUGUCAAGAUUAGAGUUAAUGACUGUUUAUAAAGCAGGCCCUAUCCGAAAAGUAAGGUACAGCGGCCGAGACCAGUGAAGUGGAGAGGCGCUGGUCUUCUGCCCCUUGUCAGCGUAGACUGGAGCUCCUCUGCCCAUCUGAAGACGGGUCCAUCAUCAUUAGUGACAGAGAUCAAAACAUUGUUCUGCUUUUAGUGGUUAAAAUCAAAACCUGUAUCAGCAAGUUAAACUGUUGCAUUUCUGUAAUUUUUGUCUAUUAUUCUUUGAAGCAAGUUGGCAGAACUUCUUUGUAGAAUUCUUACAGGUCAGAUCUUGUUACAGGGAAUUUCAAAGGUUUGCGAGUGGGGAGGGGAAAAAAAGAUCAGUCGCAUCAUUUUAUCACGUUAAAUUGCUGGGCUGAAUUCUGCCAGGAUUUGGGGAUAUUUUCAUAACAGUUUGUGGUGAGGUAUUAUUUGUAUCCCUAUAUUACAGAAAAUACUAUUACCAAUCUUACUCCUAAAGGUACUCAGUGUGGAUACUUUGAGCACUUAAUCCUUUUCCAUCUUUUCACGUUAAUUUAUUAUGCUGAGUCUCACCAAACUAAAAAAAAAAAAAAAAUAGUGGAGGUGGGGAUGUUGGGAAAGCUGUACAAGGCAAGAAGGGUCUAGAAUCCCCAGGGUUAUUUUUUUCCUUCAGAAAAGAACAUCAGAGGGCCUGGCAGAUGGCAGAAACUGUGGACCACUUAGAAAAAAAGAAAAGCCCCCUUACCUUGUUUUAAGUCUUAAUCACAGUACAUUUUCCUUUUAUGUGGACAAACCUAAGUCAGACAGUUCUUUGAUAGAGUAAAUAUAAAAUCUUAAGAUCAUUUUUAGAAAAUAAGGUGUUACCAUUUAUUAAUAAAUCCUGUUGUGACAUUUCUUAAAGAGAAAUACACACUCCUAGCAAGCUCUGUCUCCAGAUGCAGACCAGCCUUCUGCUUGUCACAAUUCCACACUAAAUUUCUAUAUUAAAUUAGAUCAAGGGCUUUCAGACUUGUAACAGCUUUGGAACAGUUCUUAGAUGCCUUAAAUUUUUAAAAGGCAUCAAUUAAUGUCUUAAACAAAAUAAAGGCAGAUUUAAUUCCGCUUGAACGUUCUUUCUAGCUUCAUCAUGACAUGGUAUAGAGAGAACUUUAAAGCUUUGAAAAAAUUCUUUUAUUUACUUUAUUCCUCAAUUCUUGGUUAACUGCCAAUGGAAAUGUGAGCACGUCUGACUGGAGGGGCUCCUUCUUGCUACCGAGGGUUUCGAGGCCCUGGCUUCUUGUAGGAUCAUGGGGUGUGGUUGCUCUGUAACAGUCUAUUGCCUCCACCACCACCCUGCCCCCAAGAGACUGAAAGAUAAAGGAGAGACAGUCUGGAGUAGAAGAUGCAUUCCAGAACUACCUGCUCUAUGCGGCACACACAAAAAUUAAGACUGAAGUGUUAUCCACCCAGAACGAAAAGUAAGAAUCCAGUGGCUUCAGGGCUGAAAGCAUUCUUGUUGGGGCUGAGUAACUGUCAUUUUCUUAAAGAGCUCCUUUGAGUGAAAUCCCUGACAUGGAUACCAUGUACAAAGCUAUUCCUUUACCAUGAACGUUCAGGCUUUAUAGUCCAAAGGCAGGUCAGCUUUGAGUGCUGGCAUCAGACACGCCUGCAGCGACAGCAACAUCGAUCGGGAGAGACUGCAGUCCGUGCGGGGGCUCCCCAGUGGUGUAGCGGCACAAGAGCCCACCUGCGAUGCAGGAGCCCUGGGUUUGAUCCCCAGGGUCGGGGAGUUCCUUUGCAGGAGAAAACGGCGACCCACUCCAGCAUUCUUGCCUGAAGAACCCAUGGAAAGAGAAGCCCGAGGAGCUACAGUCCAAAGGGUCCCAAAGACUGAGCAACUGAGCACACACUACCCACAUGAUCAGCGCUGAACAAACACAGCAGUCUGUAUAAAAAUACCACAUAUCAUUUACUCUCUGUAGAUUCUGUACAACUGCCAGGAAAGGCUUCUGUGGUCGCAUAGAUCAGGUGGGAAUUUGGUAAAGACAUCCAAGUAGGGUUAAGGCACCAAAAGUAAUAUGGUCCUGAACACCCAGAAUAAAGAAACGAAAAAGCAGUCUGAUCUCUGAACAGAGUACGAAAUACCCAAACCCAGAGUUUCAGAAGUAGCUCUGGAGAGGCUCUCCCAGGAUGGUCUCCAGCUGCUGGAUGGUCUUCUGGCACUGGUGCUCUACCUCUUCACAUUCAUCUAAAAAACAAAAUCAAGUCAGUCUUCCUGCCUCGGUUCUCAUCAGCCUGGGUCUGUGCAUCCUGCUCUCGCUGCGAGUCCCUGAGUCAGGAGAGAAGUGAAGCACAGUACUGAGGCGGAAGCCACCCUGAAGUCCCUCCUGCCUUUCUCCCUCCUGCCUGACCCCCCGUCUUAUGGUCUUAGACUUGGGAAGUGGAGAAAGACCCCAAAUAGUGGUGCACAAAUGAACAUUCCCGACACCUAGCAACGCCGCUCUGUUUAGUCAUUCACACAGCCCCUCCCGCGGCGGGGGGACAAAGGUGCAGGCACGUGGUUUGGGCUGCGCAGUGAACGCCCAAUGUGAGAGCACCUGCCCUUGCCUCCGCCACCCCUGCUCGCACCUGCACUAUUUCCUGGGCUGCACGGUAGCACCGCGCUCACUCUGCUCUGCGUGCAGACCUGCGCAACCUGAGCUUCAGCCCCAGUUCCACCUGUCGUACUCGUUAUCAGAUAGAUUACUUAAUCCUGUUAAAGCCUCUAGUUGUUUCCUUUAUUAAAAAGGGGGAUAAGGGCAUGUGCCUGGAGAGGAUUAAUGAGCUCAUCCACACAGAGUAAGUGCUGGGCACCCUUAGUGGCACUGAAUGUUUUGAUACAAUAACCCUGCAUGUGUGGACCAAAAUAUUCAACCAUAGUCAUGUAUGAGGUUAAAGCAAAACAAUAUUCUGGUCUGUACUGUCAGCCAAAAACACAGAGGCAAAGACAGUAAGGGUUAGGCUGUAAACAAAUCUCAAAUGAAGAGGCAUCUGCUUUCUAACUGUUCCCUCCACCCCACUCAAAACAGGAGCUCAGCCUCCAGGCAAAGGGCUGGAGCCAAAAGCUCAUCACAGUCUCUCCCAACGGGCAUUCCCACUGGGCACAUUCCCACAGAGGUUUAAUUACUUCUUAAAAGAUUGGGAAUUACCUUCCAUCAAUUCAGCUAAGAAUGGAAUGGAUUCUGGUAACAAGACGAUAUAAUUCUCUCUCAGUUUUUCAGCCAGUGCUAACACAGUUAUCAGAGCAGCAAAUCGAACCUGAAAAGAUGAAGAAUCAUUUUUUUAAAACCAAAGAACUAUUAUAGCUCUGUUUAGUUUAUGAUCUAACUUGAGACAUGCUCUGAAUUUUAAACUGUUAUUUCACUCUCUCCAUUCAAGCUUCAUCUUAGCAUACUAGUUCAUUUAACAGUUUGAGAUCUGUUUUAUAACAUGGGCAACCUUGUACGUCAGAGCCUUUCAAUCUGUGUUCCAGUACCGCAGGCCUUUUAUGUGAAUGUGUUUUUUUGUAACAUUUUCCUUAAACAAAAACAGUAAAAAAGCCAAGUGCAAAUUCGAGUGUGUCAUCAAAUGUGCCUGCACUGGAGCUGCUGGCUACCUGGCUGAUGCCCACCUGGCGGGCGCGUGCCCAGCCACUGCAGGCAGGACUCCUGCCCUCAACCCCGCCUGGGGUCACCGUGUGGUGGUGUGAGGGGCCGCACCCUCCUCAGCCUGACUGGAAGACACUCAGUGUGUCAUAAAUGUCCCAGUUUUGGAACUUAAAGAUUGGAGUGCUGUUCACAUGUCUUGUCUGUGACAGGAACCCAAGUUCCUUGCUUUGUUAACAGCUGUUUGCUUUGUUAGUCAUUCACUCUGAAACAAAAGCCAUGUUAGUGCUCUUUCUGGUUUGGGGUAAUUUAAAGAAUAUCUGGAUACAGCAAAGUGAGAUGUUUAAAAAACAUUUGCAACUGCCUAUGUUCAAUCAGGAUUUUCCUGAUCUGGUCCAAUCAAAACAACAAGUUACAAUAAAUCUAAUGCAGCCACUCUGUACGAACCUACAAUUUAAAAUGUAGGGGUACACUGAAGAGCCUCACUGUUUCCAUUACUUCCAAAAAAAUAAAUGCUGUGAAUUUCAACCAAUAAAUCUAAUAAUAAAACAC